AUGGUGGAUUUUCCAGGAUGCAGUCUGUCUGGUGCUGUUGCCUCCUUCUUCAUACUGUUCAUCACGAAGCAGUCAGAUGACUUUAGAGUUAUUGGUCCUGCCCAUCCUAUCCUUGCCAGGGUUGGGAAAGAUGCCCUACUAACCUGUCAGCUCUUCCCCAAGAGGAUGGCGAUGCACAUGGAGGUGAGGUGGUACCGCUCAGAGCCCAGCACACCUGUGUUUGCAUACCGGGAUGGAGCUGAGGUGACCGAGUUGCAGAUGGAGGAGUACAGAGGCCGGAUAGAAUGGAUAGGGGACAACAUUGCUCAGGGUAGUGUGGCCCUGAAGAUGUACAACAUCCAACCAUCAGAUAGCAGGCAAUACUGGUGCCGUUUCCAAGAGGGGAACUAUUGUGGAGAAACAAGCUUGCUGCUCAAAGUAGCAGGUGAGUAUCUGGGAAAAGACAUAGGGUCUGCCCCUAACAUCCACAUGGAGGGACCUGUGGAAACUGAAGUCCAGCUCGUGUGCACUGCAAAAGGCUGGUUCCCAGAGCCCCAGGUUUAUUGGAAAGACAUCACGGGAGAGGAGCUGCUGACUGUCUCUGAGAAUCACAUCCAAGAUGAAUAUGGCCUAUUCUAAGUGGAAGCCACUCGUGUCGUUAGGAAUGCCUCUGUAGAGACUGUGUCCUGCUUCAUCCACAACCACGUCCUCACUGAGGAGAAGGGGUCAGUCAUCUCCAUCCCAGGGAAACUCCAGACUGAGCUGGCUUCCCUAAAAGUGAUUGGACCUUCCCAGCCCAUCCUUGUCAUAGUGGGAGAAGACAUCCAAUUAACCUGUUACCUCUCCCCCAAGGCUAAUGCACAAAGCAUGGAGGUGAGGUGGGUCCGAUCCCACCGUUAUCCUGCUGUUUAUGUGUAUAGGGAUGAGGACCAUGUGGAUGGAGAGCAGAUGGCAGAAUAUAGAGGGAGGACAGCAUUGGUGAGUGAUGCCAUCAAUGAGGGGAGACUGACCCUGCAGAUACACAAUGCCAGAACUUCAGACGAUGGGCAGUAUUGGUGCCUUUUUGAAAAAGAUGGUGUCUACCAGGAGGCCAGUUUGGAUCUGAAGAUAGUAGGACUGGGUUCUUCCCCGCUGAUCACCAUGGAGGGACUGAAUGAUGGGGAAACACAGUUGAUGUGCACUUCAGAAGAGCGGUUCCCACCUCAUGUGCAGUGGAGGGACAUGGAAGGAAAGACAAUACCAUCAUUUUCAGAGGUCCUGACUCAAGGCAGCCAUGGGCUGUUCCACGUGGAGACAUUUCUGUUGGUCACAAACAGCUCUGUUGUGAAUGUGACCUGCUCCAUCAGCAACCCCCUUCUUGGCGAGGAGAAAAUGGCAACUUUUUCUCUCUCAAGUUGGUGA